AUGCAACCAGGCAAUGAUACAAGCAUAUCAGAAUUCCUUCUUCUGGGACUGUCAGAGGAACCAGAGCUGCAGCCCCUCAUAUUUGGGCUUUUCCUCUCCAUGUUCCUGAUCACUGUGUUUGGAAACCUGCUCCUCAUCCUGGCCGUCAGCUCUGACUCCCACCUCCACACCCCCAUGUACUUCUUCCUGGCCAACCUGUCCUUUGUAGACAUCUGUGUCACCUCCACCACCAUCCCCAAGAUGCUGUGCAACAUCCAGACUCAGAGCCAAGUCAUAACCUAUGCAGGCUGCAUCACGCAGAUGUACUUUUUCAUAAUCUUUUCAGGGUUAGAUAUCUAUCUUCUGUCUGUGAUGGCCUAUGACCGCUUCAUGGCCAUCUGUCACCCCCUGCACUACACGGUCAUCAUGAACCCCCGGCUCUGUGGACUGCUGGUUCUGGUGUCCUGGAUCACGAAUGUCUUGCAUUCCUUGUUACAGACCUCAAUUGUGUUGCAGCUGUCCUUCCGAAGAGAGGUAGAGAUCCCCCACUUUUUCUGUGAACUCAAUCGGAUGAUCCAACUUGCGUGUUCUGACACCUUUCUUAAUAACGUGGUGAUGUAUUUGGCAGCUGUCUUGAUGGGUGGUGGUCCUUUUGCUGGGAUCCUUUUCUCUUACUCUAAGAUAGUUUCCUCCAUACUUGGGAUCUCAUCAGCUCGGGGCAAGUAUAAAGCAUUUUCCACCUGUGCAUCUCACCUCUCAGUUGUCUCCUUAUUUUAUUGUACCAGCCUAGGAGUGUACCUUAGCUCUGCUGCUCCCCAGAGCUCCCACGCAAGUGCAGUGGCCUCGGUGAUGUACACGGUGGUCACGCCCAUGCUGAACCCCUUCAUCUACAGCCUGAGGAACAAAGACAUGAAAAGAGCUCUGAAAAGAAUCACUGGAGCUCCAGUGAUGCAAGGGAAAAUGGUCCUGGGGCUGAAGAAGUGCCCAUGA